AUGGCGUCAACCGCACCUCCUCCCACGCCGGAGCUGCUCGACCUGACCAUGGACAACAUCACGCCCAACACGAUCCGCAUCAACGCGCAGUGCCCCGACGCGCGCCUCCGCUACCUCAUGGAGCGCCUCGUGACGCACCUGCACGACCUGGCGCGCGAGACGCGCCUCAGCACCGCCGAGUGGACCGCCGCGAUCCAGUUCCUGACCCGCACCGGGCAGACGUGCAGCGCCGUGCGGCAAGAGUUCAUCCUGCUGUCCGACGUGCUCGGGCUGUCGCUCCUCGUCGACGCCGUCAACCACCCCAAGCCGGCCUCGUGCACAGAGGGCUCCGUGCUGGGUCCGUUCCACACGCACGACGCGCCCGUUGUCGCCGCCGGCGCGCGUCUCUCGGCGGACCCGGCGGGCGAGCCGCUGCUGGUGCUGUGCGCCGUGCGCGAUCGCGCGGGACGCCCCAUCGCCGACGUCAAGGUGGAUAUCUGGGAGACGGACGCUUCGGGGCACUAUGACGUCCAGCACGAGGGCCGCGACGGGCCGAGCGAGCGGGGCGUCAUGCGCAGUGGUGAGGACGGCGGGUUCUGGUUCAGGGCCAUUGUUCCGGUGAGCUAUCCGAUCCCGACCGACGGGCCGGUUGGGCAGCUGCUGCAGAUGUUGGGGCGCCACCCGUGGCGGCCGGCGCAUAUGCACUUUAUGCUAGAGAAGCCGGGAUGGGACCACCUUGUCACCGCCGUAUAUGUGCGUGGAGAUCCGUACGAAAAGACGGAUGCUGUAUUCGGGGUCAAGCAGAGCCUCAUCGUGGACCUGGAGCCUAUUGAUGACGCCACGGCCGCGCAGUAUGGCGUCUCGCUGGACACGAAGGUGCUGAGGCAAGAAUUCGUGCUGGCCAGUGAAAAAGAGACCGCGGAGCUCCGCGACAAGAAUGCCGUCGAAGCGUUGAAGAGCCUCGGGCUGAACAUGAAGCUUGUCGACCAUCUCCCUGUGCCGGAUCUAGAUUAG